AUGGCCACUUCAGUCAGGACCUUCCCAGUUGCCCUGUGGACACCGACGCCGAGUCCAUGGCCAGAAGGAAACACCACCGAGGCACCGGAGGCAAAGUGUGUCUUCGAUGAGGAGUUCAAGUUCAUCCUGUUGCCCAUCUCCUACGGCAUCGUCUUCGUGGUGGGGCUGCCCCUCAACUCCUGGGCUCUGUGGAUGUUCAUCUGCAGGAUGAGGCCCUGGAAUGCCACCACCACCUACAUGUUCAACUUGGCUGUCUCUGACACGCUCUAUGUCCUCUCCCUCCCCACCCUGGUCUAUUAUUACGCCGACCGCAACAACUGGCCCUUUGGGAAAUGGCUCUGCAAGAUUGUGCGCUUCCUCUUCUACGCCAACCUCUACAGCAGCAUCCUCUUCCUGACGUGCAUCAGCGUCCACCGCUACGUGGGCAUCUGCCACCCCAUCCGCUCCCUGAAGUGGGUGAAGACCAAGCACGCCCGCAUCAUUUGCGUAGGUGCCUGGCUCGUCGUCAUCAUCUGCCUCAUCCCCAACCUCAUCUUUGUCACCACCAGCUCCAAGGGCAAUAGCACCCUGUGUCACGACACCACCAAGCCUGAGGAGUUUGACCAUUACGUGCACUACAGCUCCUCCGUCAUGGCCCUCCUCUUCGGGGUCCCCUUCCUGGUGAUUGUCCUGUGCUACUGCCUGAUGGCCAAGAGACUGGGCAAGUCCAGCUUCUCCAGCCCCACCCCCCGAAUGCCCUCCUACAAGAAGCGCUCCAUCAGGAUGAUCAUCAUUGUGCUCACUGUCUUUGCCGUCUGCUUUGUGCCCUUCCACAUCACCCGGACCAUGUACUACACCUCCCGCUACUUCCAAGCCAGUUGUUGGACCCUCAACAUCAUCAACUUCACCUACAAGAUCACACGGCCCUUGGCCAGUAUCAACAGCUGCCUCGAUCCCAUCUUGUACUUCAUGGUUGGGGACAAGUACCGGGGACGGCUACGCCGGGGGCCAGGCCAGCGGCUCCGCAGCAGGAAGAGGGAUGAGAUGCCCACCCUCAUCCCAGAAAGCAUUGGAGAGCAGAGAAAAGCCACCUGCCACCUCAGCGCUGGCACUGGGGCCGGAGCGGUGACACCGUGGUGA